AUGUCGUCGGCCACAUUAACAGCAGUCACCCUUGCCUUGAAGUCUUUUCCUGCCGUUGUUGUCUUGGACCAUGUUGUUGAAUGCAUCUCCUCUCUUUUGGACGGAUCAAUUAUGAUUCCCUUGGACGAGGCUUGCUUGACUGGAUCAACUCGACUGCUGAAUAGAAUUUGGGAGAGCAGUGAUCCGAAUGCGGAAAAAUCCACGAGUUGGUCGCCAUGCCAGCACUUGCGAACGGAUGUUUACUACUGUCAGUUCCAGUUCACUAAAUCUCUCCGGGCAGCAGUUGGACGUGGAGAUUUGGGCGUUGUGAAGUGGGUUCUAGACCACUUUUCAGGUUGUACAGCGGGUGUAGAAGUGGUCGAAGAAGCGGCGCGCCAUGGUCAACUGAAAAUUUUGCAGUAUUUGUUGCAGUAUGGUCAUUGUGGAGAUCGUGCAGUGGACACGAAGAAUAUUAUUCUCUGGGGUGGUGAUGACUUGGUUAAUGCCAUCGCAGAAGGGCAUGGACACAUGGGGCGAUGGUUGUACGAAAACACCCCUGACACUCGGCGGAACUUGGAGACUGCGAUGAGCUAUGCAGUGAAGCAAGGCGACAGACCGUUAGUUCAGUGGCUUAUAGACGUUGUGUACGAAGCGGAACCAUUGCUCCUGCCUCCAUCGAUGGAUGACGCUGCAGCUGGAGGUCACAUGGAGCUGCUGCAGUGGAUUUACGAGCAGGGAUACGGUGGUUGCUCGGGCAAUGCACUCGAGGCAGCAGCGAAGAAUGGAAGACUGGACAUGGUACAAUGGCUCGUGGAGAAUAGAGUCACGAAAGGGGCUAGAGAAGGCGUACGAGCGGCUUGUGGUGAAGGACAUCUGAAUGUUGUGCAGUGGCUGUUGGAGCGUGUUGACGUCCAGUAUCCCCAUUUUGCAAUGAACUGCGCAAUUCGUCAAGGUCACCUGGACAUUGUCAAGUAUCUUUGUAAGGUUGGAAUCGUGAAUGAACCUUCGCUCAUGGUAAUUGACGCUGCUUCGAAUGGCCACGUGCAUAUGAUAAAAUGGUUUUUGGAGAACUAUGGUACUGAAGAUCUUUUUCCGACGGUCGAUCCUUCUCGAGUCGGACCGUCGAGCCAAACUGUGAUGGAUAGAGCGGCAAACAAUGGACACUUGCACAUCCUAGAGCUCCUUCACUCUGUUGCUGUCGAAAUGCAAAAAGAAGGAAAGAAUGGGGCGCCUACAUGCACGAACUGGGCUCUGGAGUCGGCCGCCAUAAUGGGUCAUCUCGAGGUUGUGAAGUGGCUGCAGACCCAUUAUACGGACUUGUGCUUUUCUUCCUCCACUACCAGUAUGGUAGCUCGCAACGGCAACCUCAAGAUACUACAAUGGCUCCACCGGCGAGAUGACGUUGAGUGGUCCACUGGUGUUAUGGAUUCUGCUGCUGAAAAUGGGCAUCUUGCAGUGGUAAAGUGGCUACAUGUGAAUCGCAGUGAAGGCUGCACGACCAGUGCUAUGAACUUUGCUGCAGCUAAUGGCCAUCGUAAGGUUGUGCAGUGGCUUCAUUUUAAUCGUACAGAAGGCUGCACAGUCGAUGCGAUGGAUUUUGCUGUUGGGCGAGAGCAUUUUGAAGUUCUGCUGUUUCUACGAGCGAAUCGCACUGAAGGAUGCACGACUACCGCCAAGAUCCUCGCUCGAGAGCAUAAGCAAAGGCAUAUGUUAGAGUGGUUAGAAGAUCAAUAUCCAGAGUCAGGCUAGAGAGGGUGAAGGUAAUUCGUGCAAUUCAUGAGUACGAAAGAAUUGCUCGUCAGGUUCUUUAUAAAAGUAAAGAAUGCUGGAACUAUCCAGGA